AUGUCGAAGAAAUGCAACCCUAUCGGCCACAUGCCCCACUUCUUCGUCGAACCCCACUCCGGCGUCACUGACGAGACGGUCCCCCAGACCCCCGCAGAGCGCACGACAUUCGAUACCACCGCGCCCAGCGAUCCCCACCACGCCGGAGGACCGAACGCUAGCGUAAAUGCUACGCGUGACUCAACACAUGUCCACCCAGAGCGGGUACAUGCCCACAGCCACCCUCUUCUCCAUUCGACUGGCGAGGACCACGCAUCUCCCUCGUCCGAAACACGUCGGUAUACACUCCGUAUCGCGCCGGCAUCAUUAUCGGGGGAGACAAGCACGUCGAAUGUGCCUCCCACGCCAGUCAGCCCUCGCGCACUGCGUCGCUCUACACGUUCGGGAGGUCAUUUCUCAGUCAGCGAGGACCGUGAUGAUGACGCACAUGAAGGGAUGGGCGACCUCUUGAUGGAAGGAGGAAUGUCAUUCGGCGUCGCGACAGGCCAUCUCCUUGCCCCCUAUUUCCAGAUCGAGGAACCUUGUGCACAGGAGAGUGAGCAUGAUGACGAGGGCGAAGAGGAUUCCUAG